AUGUCGUCAUAUAAACCUCAGUACGAAAACCUUCGCAAAAAAAUUAUUGACAAUAAUAACCAGUGUAAAUUAGAACUGGACAAGAUUACCGACGAUUACAUAAAGUUUUGUGACAAGAUGGAGGUGGCGGCCAUGGACCUAAUUCAGACCCACAUCACAAACCUGGAGGAGAGGUUGGAUACUCUGAAGCAACUUUCAUCUGAGUAUAAACAGAAUCUCCAGACAGGAACCGCUGUACUCGUGUACGACUCGGUAUCAGAAAUCCGGGAAAUGGAUUCCGACAUCCCACCGACACCUGAUAUAGACAUGGCCGAGUUUACUCCGGGUAUGGACAGACUAAGUCACCUAAAACAGGCCCUCGGGAACCUCAAACUUCCUACUGACCAUCUCCAGGCAGGAUUAGCAACUGGUGGUCACUCGGACCAAUGUCCAGUAGUCCGACCAAAACAGUCUACAGGGUCUGGUCAAGCGUCCACUGGAGAAGUCUGGUACAAACUUCGUGACCGUCCAACCGUCAUGUCCCAGUUCACAUACCCGGAUACCAUCACAUCGAUCUGUCCUACAUCUGAUGGACGUGCGUGGCUGUGUUACUAUUACACCCACACAGUAAAGCUCAUCAAUAACCAAGGUCGGGUCAUACAGACGAUACAACACAAACGUAAUAUCUGGGACAUCAGUCUGGACCCCAACACAGGUCGUCUAUGGUUCUGUUGUUGGGAGGAGAGGUCUAUCUGUGAAGUAUCUACAUCUUCUAAACCAGUCAUAAGGUUUACUACAGAGAGUCGCCCAUACAGUCUGUGUGUGACCAGGGAGGGUCGGGUAGUGGUGGGUACACAGGGUAGACAGGGGUACAAGGUGGUGAUGUACACAGUAGACGGCCGGGUGCUACAUACACACAUUGUGGAGGGGUUAGUACGGUCAAUAACACAAUGUGGUGUUACAGGUAACAUAGCCGUAGUAGUGGAUGGUAAACGUAUCUCUGUGUACAAUAAAACACUCCAGCCCCUGGUCCACUACCGGGGGGAGGGGAUACAGACAUGGGGGUCGGUCACACCAGUCGACUUUGGUCCUUGUACAGUUGUAUAUGACAGGAAGGGUAAUAUUGUUAUUGCUGACACGACAAGGAAAACAAUAGAACUGAUAAGUGGAUCAGGGAAGUACAUAAAAACACUUCACACAAACAAAGGAUACCAGGGAGUAGUAGGUAUACAGAAGGGUGAUGUGUUGUGGUCAUACUUAGUGUUAGAUACAGGAAAGUGGGGAUUCAAACUCCUCAAGUAUUAUAGUGACUGA